AUGGGUUCUAGAAUCCCAUCUCAUCAGCUUAGUAAUGGCCUAUAUGUAUCAGGCCGGCCAGAGCAGCCGAAAGAAAGGGUUCCAACGAUGUCCUCCGCUGCCAUGCCAUAUACCGGCGGAGACAUUAAAAAGUCGGGGGAGUUAGGAAAGAUGUUUGAUAUUCCUGUUGAUGGCUCGAAGUCUAGAAAAUCUGGACCGUUAACAGGUGCACCAUCACGGGCAACAUCUUUCGGAGGAGCCGGUUCACAUUCCGGACCAAUUCAUCCUAAUGCUGCUGCUCGAGCUAUCUAUACUACUUCAGGUUCCAUGUCUAUUGGUGGCGCGGCUGGUUCAACAUCACAAAAGAAAUCGAAUUCCGGGCCACUGAGUAAGCAUGGGGAACCGGUUAAAAGGUCUUCUGGUCCUCAGUCUGGUGGAGUAACACCAACCGGACGCCAAAAUUCCGGACCUCUUCCUCCUGUUCUUCCGACAACAGGUCUCAUUACAUCGGGCCCCAUUUCAUCCGGCCCACUAAACUCUUCUGGUGCUCCUAGGAAAGUGUCCGGUCCUUUGGAAGCGACAGGUUCGAUGAAGCUGCAAGGCUCUGCUGCUGCUGUUCACAAUCAAGCUGUGACUGUUCUUAGUCAAGGUGAUGAAUAUUCCUUCAGAAGGAACUUUCCAAAGGCCAUGUUAUGGUUAUUAAUUCUGCUUUUUGUCAUGGGUUUCAUUGCUGGCGGUUUUAUUCUUGGAGCCGUGCACAAUCCCAUUCUCCUUAUUGUGGUUGUGAUUCUCUUUGGUUUAGUUGCCGCGUCUUUCACUUGGAACACUUAUUGGGGAAGAAGAGCUAUAAUGGGCUUCGUUGCUAAUUAUCCGGACUCCGAGCUUAGAACUGCAAAGAAUGGGCAAUUUGUGAAGGUUUCCGGGGUUGUUACUUGCGGUAAUGUACCUCUCGAGUCAUCUUUCCAAAAAGUUCCCAGAUGCGUAUAUACAUCAACAAGUUUAUACGAGUAUCGAGGAUGGGACUCAAAAGCUGCCAAUCCUACACAUCGACGAUUUUCUUGGGGCCUUAGACUGCUGGAAAGGCGUGUGGUUGACUUCUAUAUCUCCGAUUUCCAGUCUGGUUUACGGGCAUUAGUUAAGACUGGUCAUGGAGCUAGAGUGACCCCUUAUGUUGAUGACUCAAAUCUCUUCCAUGUAAAUCCAACCAAAGAAGAGUUAUCCCCAGAAUUCCUCCGGUGGUUGGGAGAGAGAAAUUUGUCCAGCGACGACCGCAUCAUGCGCCUAGAAGAAGGGCACAUAAAAGAAGGAAGCACAGUGAGUGUAAUGGGAGUAGUUCAAAGGAAUGAGAAUGUGCUAAUGAUAGUUCCACCACCAGAGCCAAUAACAACAGGUUGCCAUUGGUUGAAGUGUAUAUUUCCUGCUAGCUUGGAAGGUAUAGUGUUAAGAUGUGAGGACAUGUCAAAGACUGAUGUGAUACCAGUUUAA